AUGCGCAUCAACGUUGAACAAGGUAACAUUUGACAGUUUCCGUCCUCUUUCUCUCAUUUCCCUUUGAAGCGUGUCUCUCAAAUCAAGGCUCAUGUUCUGUCGCCACGUACCGUUAUAAUUCCGAAUGUAGAGCGCAGUUUGACAGUGGACAGAGUUCGUCUUAUCAAGGAUCUUACAGUGGUAGAUAGUUUUACACCCUUUCCAAUUUUUUAUAUUCUACGUUUUCAAAGGUUUCCUUGGAAGUCACGUCCGUGCCAGAGCCUAUUCGGAACGUGGCAGCUCAUCCGAUUACGCCAAAAAAGAUUUCGAACUGCAUUGUCUUUCUGCUCUCAAUUGUUCCUGGCAGAACACAAUUGAGGAUGACCUAGAUUGGGUUCUUGGAGAGGGACACGUGGAUCCAACCAAACUUGCCCUCAUAACAGGAUCCCAGUCCCUUCCCGGUACUUUUGGUAAGAUCAUCAUUUGGUGCAUCAAAAACAACACAUACUUUGUCAGAUCAAAGCUUCUUAAUACUGGCUUCCGAUCCGCGUCCAUCCCAUCAAAAUGGGCAAUUAGUGUCAUUGGCGAUUGGAUGUCAACAAUCAACCGGCAUUCUGAGUUUCCGAUACUGGAGAAGGUUUGUGUAAUGAAAUGCUCAGAGAAAAGGUGGUCCAAACUCAAUCGGUUCAGUCGGGCGAGAACAAUUGGAAGCGAACCGAGAAUCGAUAUAUGCACAAGGAAAGUGUUGGAGGUGACCCUGGAGAACUGCAUGACCGUCAUUCCCACCGACAACCACACAAUUAUUGCAAGCAUUCCGCCAAUAAUGGAUCCUUUUGUGGUGAACAACAAGUAGUUAUUUGAAUUCCGCAUGAGAAAUAAGUUUUCAGAUUGUUUUGAAGGGGUACAAUUUUGAAAACGAACCGGAAGGCGGUUUGAUUCUCAUUGAUGAAAUCGAAUACUUUGCUGAACUAGAUCAACCGGAAACUUGUGUUGCGAAAAACGUUGAUGGGAUGGAUAUUGUACCAUUCAGAAAAGAAGAAAGUGUCGAAGAGAAGCACGUGGUUGAUGGAGACACUCUCGGUUCGGAAUACACACCGCAAAUUUCAAGAAUUUUCAUUUUCAGAACAUGAGUUAGAACCUCAUCUGGUUUCCCGAGAAGUGUCUCAACUAGCUGCUCCAACAAUAGUGAAUUCUUCAAGUUCUAUCAAUGAACUCAUACUGUUGAAUGUAAACGCGGACAAUGACUGCCAGUAAGACAUUUCAGACAAAUACUUACGCAAAGUUAAUAUUUUAAGAUCCCUGCAAUGUCUGAUGGACCAGCGCAAUGCCCCGUGUGACUAUAAACGGUCAGGGAGCGGAUCCCAUGGAGAAGGGUACUUGGUCGGCUGGAGAAUCACCGACGUCAAGAAGAACGUUGCGAAUAAGUUGACUGGAAUCCAUGUAUCACCAGGUUCUACCAAAGGUAAUUGAAUCUUUUCCAAAUAACCGUCAUAAACCUUUUGCGGUUUCAGAGACCAACUUCCUGGUCGCUAAUUUCGUUGGUUUUGGGCGAAGCAAAACGGAAGACCGAUUUGUUCUUGAAGCGCCCGAAUUCACAAUUAGCGACGCUUCGGGGGCCUACCUUAGCUUCCGAAAAUUUCUUUCGACAAAAGGAUUGUACCUGUCCGUUUGCGAGGACGGCUUUGCAACUAGGUGAGUCGAUUAACAGAAAUAACAAUAGUCUUCACUUUUUGUAGAUGUUUUUGGAACGUUUAUGAAAACAGUGCGGAGCCGUUUGCAAGGAAAUGGACGAAAGAAGUUGUUCUCUUGCCGGGAGAUCUGACAACAGUGACAUUUUACACACACACAUUUUACCUUGAAGUCUAAUUGAUACAUUUCAGUUUUACAUUGUGGCAUGGCAAAAUACCUCAACAGUGAUGAACUUCGGACAAGUGGGUCUCACCGAAAUCGGGCUCUUCACCGACUCGCAAGCUAUAAUUCCACUGUGCUGA